AUGACCCAAUCAGAAGGCACGUUGCUUUUUAAAACCGGGAAACUUGAAGUCAAAAUAUAUACGUUCAAAACUUCACAGAAGCAGGACGGUGUAUAAUACGGCUGGUGUUGUGUCAGGCCAUGGAUGCUAUGGUUUACCUUGAUCAAGAAAAUGGCACACUUGCUGCUCCAUCCCUAAAAUUUCGCCAGAGGCUUCAGUCUGCUCCUGAACAUCUCCUAAAAACUCCACUGAAGACACGACUGGGAGCUCCUGUACAGUCAGGCCGCAAAGCUCUGGGAACAGUUAAUAAGAUUGUAGCCACUCCAGCAGCUUCAAAUAAAGGCGAUGUGCUGAAUAAACCCCUUGCAGCCCAGCAAUGUAAAGUGGCUCCUCAGCCUGUUUGUGAGGACUAUCCAGAGAUUGAGAAGUGCUUCCCCUAUGACCCGAGUGACUUUGAAGUAUACAGUGUACCAGAAGAAGUCUGCAUCAGCAGGUUUUCAUUGGCUGGUUUGGGAAAGCAGCAGUGGUCUCUAAAUGUGCUUGAAGAGGACUUUAUGAUUCAACCAUGUUUGCAACAGUCUCCCCUCAUGAUGCCUUCAGCUCUGCUUGGUCCUCAGUGGAUGCGGCACUUCACCUGUCAGGGGAGAUGAACGCGACUGGCUCCUUUGGUGAUGCUGACUCAGAUGGAGAUGGUGUUGCUUUGGGCAUUUUGACCGCUGGAACUUUUUUUUUUUUUUCAGAUCAAGUUGCCUUGUGAAGCCCAUUUCCCACUGCAAAUAGUUCUCAGUCAUCAGGCCUUGAAGUUAGCACCGCAAAUGCUGUAGUAUGUAGCCAAAUUUUCCAGGUGCCUCACAGUGUACUCUCAUUUCUCAGUACUGUUUUCCAAAAGACCAGACAAUCCCAUCAAGAUUGGUGUUGCUACACCCUCCUACAAUACAUCUGUUAACCAUUUUAAUAAUUACAUGAGAGAAACUUGCAGAAAACCACCAGGACGUUUUCUCAAACAAAAAACAAACCAGCACUGAUGUAGGAUUCAGGAGGAGGUGUCCUGCCUGUGAUGUCAUAAAUCAAUGUUUGCUGGGAAAUCCAAAUGCCAAGCUUUUUCAGAGGUGAACAAAUUCACCUCAAAUUGCUUGAUUUCAACUGAAUUUUUCUGGUAUUGUGCAAGGUAUUUAAAAAAAAAAAAGCACAAAAUGCAAUGUGACAGAUUUGACAAGUUGUUAAAAUAGAAUUAUGUUGAUCUUGCUCCUGAAUUUACCUGUGAUAUGCACUUAAGACAGGUAUACAACUACCCUACCUGCUAGCAGACUCAACUUUUAUAGCCACCCUGUUGGAACACCCUUGUUUCAUACUUUGCAUUUUUGCAACAUGUACUUUUUUUUUUAAUUGGGAUAAUCUUACCCUCUCCAAUUUAUACUUCCCUACUUGGUUUAAAACUGCCCUUAUUACCUUCUAUCAACUUUUGAAAGUUUUACUUGAAAGCCUCUACUUACUGUAACUCACUUGCACAUAUUGCACAUUUAAAAG